GUCAGGUGUCAGCAGCUGUUGGAGGUUUGAAGGCUCUCUGCUUGCAUCGAGACAGCAAGAACACUUCGCCAAGAAUAACCUGAAAGCGCCCGUUCCUGAUCCGGUUCGGACCGAACUGGACCGCGGACAGAAGCGUUGUUCUCCCGCUGCCCUGCGACCUAACGAAUAUAAGGAUCUGACAGAGCUAACGGAGGCUAAAGGCUAGCUCUUAGAGGACCACCUUCCCAGCCGGGACAGUCCUCGCUGACCCGGUUCGGUUUGAGUUCUGAGAGCCAGUAUGCUGAUAGCUGCAGUCGGGACUGGACGCGCAAGCCCCGCCUCCAGCGGCAAAAAGCACAGGCGGCGAGGCAAAAAGCACCGCAGAGUCCGGACUAACGAGACCUGUUCUAAUGACCUCUGUGACCUUCAGAAUCUGAACCCUAAUGACGGACACCCACCCCAGACACCGGACUACCCUCCAGUCAACCCCUCACUGCCACAAAAUACUUGCAAAACAGCCCCACCCUCAGGAAAUGGAUAUCAUGACGCCACAGUCACGGUGGAUACUUGUCCCCAAGACGGAGACCCGCAGGAACCAUGUACCCUGAUUGAUCCCUCCACUCCAGAUAUCCAACAUAGGCAUUUAACUGCCCUCUGUUGUCCUAAAGAAGUCACACUCAAUGCCAUCCUACCGCCUCUUAUUAUUCCUCUGACUGUGCCACACACCAGCCAAUCACAUCCAGCCUCUACUCAGGUCCUCACACCUCCUAUCUUAUCUGAGAGCCUCGCCCAAAACAAAUCUCAGGGCCCUGUCCGCACCAAAUCACCUCCUACUACAACUGAGGGGUACGCCCUCAGCCGGUCACUUCCUGUUACAUCUCAGAGCCCCGCCCACAGCCAAUCACCUGCUAUAGCAACCCGAUACCACGCUCAUAGCCAAUCACCUCCCACUACAUCAGAACCCUCCACCUACGGACGAUCACCUCCCGUCACAUCAGAGGGCUCCGCCCACAGACUAUCACCUCCCGUCACAUCAGAGGGCUCCGCCCACAGACGAUCACCUCCCGUCACAUCCGAGGCCUCCGCCCACAGACGAUCACCUCCUGUCACAUCAGAGGGCUCCGCCCACAGCCAUUUAGUUCCCGCCACACCAGAGGCGUCCGUUCACUGCCAAUCACCUCCCGUCACAUCAGAGGGCUCCGCCCACAGCCAAUCACCUCCUAUUCAAUCUCUGAGCCCUGUCCAUGGCCAAUCACUUCCUGUCAAGUGUCCGUGCCCCGCCUACACUAAAUCACCUCCUACCACCACAGAGGGCCCCGCCCACAUCCUUUCGCCUCCUGUCGUAUUUCUUAGCCCUGGCCAUAGCCAAUCACUUCCUGUUACAUCUCUGAGCCCCACCCAAAGCCCUAGCCACUCCCCCUUAGCUCUAAACCACAAAAUGCACGAUUUCAGCACAUUGACACAUUUGACAUUUGAGAACUCGAACCACUUUCUUUCUGGAUCGACUACAGCCACACCUCACAUCAGCACACAUGUCUCGAAAGCCACGCCUACUCCUUUAGUCUCCUCCCACUCGGACCCCUUCCUACUCACCUCUGUAACCUUCACCUCCAGCAUGUCACCUCAACUUUACUCCCCCCUGUGCUCCUCGUCUUCCUCCUUCGUCACUUCCUUUGACUCUGCACCACACACUGUUGCAAAUUCUGUGAUGUCAUCACCGCCUAAUUACACAGCCACUCCCCCCGUCCCUCCCGUGAGCCCACCUCCUGCGGAGCUGACCCUGCCCCCUGCUCAGCUUCUGGGUUCCGAUGAUGAGGAGCAGGAGGACCCGUCGGAUUACUGCAAAGGCGGUUACUACCCGGUCAAGAUCGGGGAUCUGUUCAACGGGAGGUACCACGUGGUCCGCAAACUCGGCUGGGGACAUUUCUCAACCGUCUGGCUUUGUUGGGACCUGCAGAAGAAGCGUUUUGUGGCCUUGAAGGUCGUGAAGAGCGCGCCGCAUUACACAGAGACGGCGCUGGACGAGAUCAAACUGCUCAGAUGUGUCCGGGACAGUGACCCCUCUGACCCCCACAGAGAGACUAUUGUUCAACUGAUUGACGACUUCAAGAUCUCUGGAAUCAACGGAGUCCAUGUGUGUAUGGUUCUGGAGGUUUUGGGUCAUCAGCUGUUAAAAUGGAUCAUUAAGUCAAACUACAUGGGCCUUCCUCUGGUCUGUGUCAAGAGCAUCAUUAGACAGGUGCUACAGGGUCUGGACUACCUGCACACAAAGUGUAAGAUCAUACACACAGACAUCAAACCAGAGAACAUCUUGCUGGAUGUAGACGAGGUCUACAUCAGGAGGCUGGCAGCAGAGGCCACUAUCUGGCAGAGAGCUGGAGCCCCGCCCCCUUCUGGCUCAUCAGUUAGCACAGCUCCCAGGGAUGUGCAGAUUGGUAAAAUGUCUAAGAACAGGAAGAAAAAGAUCAAGAGAAAAGCAAAGCGACAACAGAAGCUGUUAGAGGAGAGACUGGUGGACAUACAGAGGAUGGAAGAGGAAGACGGUGUUGACACACACACUAACUGCCCUGCGGUCAUCAACGGCAACACUUCCUGCAACACAGCAAAUAACAAAGUGAGCCCGGAGUCAUCUUCUUCCUGGUUGGAGGACAAGUACAACGGCCACGGCACUGGGCGGUUCUCCAGCCCUGCGUCUGGCCUCUCUGGGGUCUCCAGCUCGGUGAUAUCAGCCACAUCAGAAUCCACUCUAUCCACACAGUCAGGAUACUCCAGUGGACAAGAUGUAUUCAGUGCGUCAGACUUCGUGCUCAGUCCUCUGGACCCUCACAAUGCUGACAAGUUGCGAGUGAAGAUUGCCGAUUUGGGAAAUGCGUGCUGGGUGCACAAACACUUCACUGAAGACAUUCAGACCAGACAGUACCGGGCCUUGGAGGUGCUGAUUGGAGCAGAGUAUGGACCGCCGGCCGACAUUUGGAGCACCGCCUGCAUGGCGUUUGAGUUGGCCACAGGAGAUUAUUUAUUUGAACCUCAUUCCGGCGAAGACUACACUAGAGAUGAAGGUACACACACACACACACACACACACACACUCUCUUCCAAAGUUACUAACGUCGGUGGUCCGUGUUCAGAUCACAUCGCUCACAUCAUCGAGCUGCUGGGCCCCAUCCCUUUGCCCUUCGCCUUGUCUGGCAGGUACUCCAGAGAAUAUUUCAACAGGCGAGGUGACCUGCGCCACAUUUCCAGCCUGAAGCCGUGGGCUUUGUUUGAGGUGCUCUUGGAGAAGUACGAGUGGCCCUUGGACCAGGCUGCUCAAUUUAGUGACUUUCUGUCGACCAUGUUAGAACUGGAGCCGCAGCGUCGGGCCACCGCUGCCCAGUGUCUGCAACACGCCUGGCUGCAGACAUGAUGAUGGUGUGUGUGUGUGUGUGUGUGUGUGAUGUCAUGGUAGCGUGACUACAAUAGACUGAGGACUACUGAUGCGGCACUGACAGGAAGUGAUGUCACAGCCUCACACCAGGUGACGCUAGUAAACACUCCCAACUGUCCUCUUCUUCUUCUUCACUCACAUUCAGCAUCUCCGUGGAUAUCGCUGAAGAUCACAUGGGUUGCUUUUCCAACCUCAGCAGCCACAUCGUACUUCCUGUCUUGCCUGCUAGUGCGGCGCCAUGUUGCCUCACACACAAAAAAAAAAGCUUAUGCUGCUCUUGCACACGUUUGGAAUCGAUUCAGCCUCUCUUUUCUGUACUUUUCGCUCUUCGACUUUCCUUAAUUGUGCUCAUGACGUUGUGUUAACCCUGCGACCUUGACGAUGAAAGAGCACACCUUUGACAUCCUCCUAUGUAACUAGUGCCUUGAAAUGACCCCUGACCUUGACUGUCAUCACAGUGAAUUCAUCUUUUUUUUUUUUUUUUACCCGUGACCCUUUGGUGUGACAUGUUUCUUUUUCUUGUGUAAAAAGAAAUAAAAAUGAAUUUAAGCACCACUGAUAUAUUAGAUACUUUAAUACCAGCAGGUGCUUAUGAAUGAGAGAGCGGGAGAGUGUGUAUGCCGCCCCCUGCUGUUGAGGGCAAACAUUUAGCGUCAUGUGAUCAUUGAUGUGUUGCACUGCAGCAAGCUUGUGUCAUGUGACCGGUUAGUUGACAAUGUUCACAGUGUGCUGCUUCUGCACUGGUUUCUUCUCUUGGAAAUUACCGUGGCAACAA